CUCGAGUAUUGUGGAUUGGACUAUCCGCCCUCGCGCUCCCACUUAAACUAAACCCUCGCAAAAUCCCAUUCUCUAGUCUCUAGUGUCUACCCGCCCGCCUACAAAACCAGCAAAAGCAGCACAAAUGCCCCAAUGUCUCGCCAAUCUGCGCCUGCUCUUCUUCUCCCGUCUCAAACCUUCUCCUCUCUUUCUUUCUAUUCCUUCUAACCUUCGCCACCGCUCUUUCCUCCCCAUCCUUUCUUCUUCUUCCUCACAUUCUCGACGGCAGCGUUCUUCUUCUACCCCGCCCAACCGUCGCCAGCAGCAGCCCUCCAGUUUCAGAAGCAGAGGGAAGAGCACGUUAGGUGAUAAGGGCAGAGGAAAUCGGGAGGAAGGGGGAGGAGCUUCAAUGGGGGAUAACGGCCGUGGUGGUGGUAAUUUUGCAGGGUUCAAUAAGAAAAGGGCUGAGGGUAGAGAUGAAAGUGACAGGGCUAGGAAGAAUCUCCACUUGAAAGUCCGGAGGCUAAACCCUACCAACACUAUCUCUUAUGUACAGAUUCUUGGAACAGGAAUGGACACUCAGGAUACUUCGCCUUCGGUGUUGCUCUUCUUUGACAAGCAAAGAUUCAUUUUUAAUGCUGGGGAGGGAUUGCAACGAUUCUGUACAGAGCAUAAGAUUAAGCUAUCAAAGAUCGAUCAUAUAUUUCUUUCCCGUGUCUGCUCCGAAACAGCUGGUGGAAUUCCAGGACUGUUGUUAACUUUGGCUGGCAUUGGAGAUGAGGGAAUGUCAGUCAAUGUAUGGGGUCCUUCAAAUCUAAAGUACCUGGUAGACGCAAUGAAGUCUUUCAUCCCACAUGCCGCAAUGGUCCACACAAGAAGUUUCGGUCCAGAUGCACCUUCUCAUUUGGACGCAAGCAAAUCAAUGGACCCUAUUGUGCUUGUAGAUGAUGAAGUCGUCAAAAUAUCAGCACUCUUACUCCGACCAAGAUGUUCGCCAGGAGUAUCUGAAGUAAAACCGGGCGAUAUGUCGGUUAUAUAUCUCUGUGAACUGCCCGAGAUUAUGGGCAAGUUUGACCCAGGAAAGGCCAAGGCCCUCGGUUUGAGACCUGGGCCAAAAUACAGCGAACUACAAUCCGGGAAAUCAGUAAUGUCUGAUCGGGACAACGUCAUGGUCCAUCCGAGUGAUGUCAUGGGACCUCGUGUGCCAGGUCCCAUUGUGUUCCUUGUCGAUUGCCCGACAGAGGGUCAUGUAUAUGAUCUGUUAUCGACAUCGUCUCUUGAUAGUUAUUGCUCUGGUAAUUCGCCUGAGGAGGAUAAGACAGUCAACUGUAUCGUCCAUUUGAGCCCUUCCUCAGUGAUAGGCAGUCCCAGUUAUCAGAAGUGGAUGGAGAAGUUCAGCACAGCACAACAUAUUAUUGCUGGCCACCAAACGAGAAAUGUGGAAAUUCCUAUUCUGAAGUCCAGUGCCAGAAUCGCAGCACGGCUCAAUUACUUGUGCCCUCAGUUCUUUCCUGCCCCAGGAUUCUGGUCACUGCAUCCACUAACAUUAGACUCUUCAGGCAAGGAUGUUCCAUCCAUGGCAGACAAAAGUAUAUCUGCUGAAAAUCUCCUCAAGUUCACUCUGCGUCCACAUGUCCAACUCGGAUUGGACAAGGCUAACAUUCCAACUCAUCGAACCUCAUCAGAAACCAUAAGCGAGUUAAUCACAGAGAUCCCUGAAAUCGUGGAUGCAGCGAAACACGUAAGCGAGUUCUUUGACAAACCUCAACGAACUGGCUCUGAUAUGUUGCAAGACAAUAACAGCAGCAAUUUGACAGAAGAACCUUGGUUGGAAGAAGAAGAAGAAGAAGAAGAAGAAGAAGAAGAAGAGAAAAGAACAACACCGAGUUGCUUAGACAAUGUAAGGAGAGACGACAUGGAGAUCGUUCUUCUAGGGACCGGUUCAUCGCAGCCAUCAAAGUACCGCAAUGUCAGCUCUGUCUACAUCAACCUGUAUUCCAAAGGAAGUCUGUUGUUAGAUUGCGGUGAAGGAACACUUGGACAGUUGAAGAGAAGGUACGGCGUGGAGGGUGCUGAUGAUGCUGUGAGAAAGCUGAGCUGUGUCUGGAUUUCUCAUAUCCAUGCCGAUCACCAUACUGGGUUAGCCAGAAUCCUUGCUCUGAGACGAGAGCUUUUAAAGGGAACUGCUCAUGAGCCAUUGAUCGUUGUUGGGCCAAGUCAGCUCAAGAGGUUUCUAGAUGCUUAUCAAAAACUGGAAGACUUGGACAUGGAGUUUCUCGAUUGUAGAAGCACGACAACAGGCUCUUGGGAUGAUUUUGUGAGCAACGGUGAAUCGAAGGAGAUCGAUGACUCUACUGAGUCCACUCUGUUUGCUAACUUUAACAACCGUAUGCAGAGUGUUUGGAAGAGACCAGUCGAUAAAGCCACAUAUUACUCACUUCUGAAGAAGCUGCAGACAGUCCUGAAUGAAGCAGGAUUGGAAUCUUUGAUCAGUUUCCCUGUCGUGCAUUGCCCUCAGGCGUUUGGCGUCGCAUUGAAAGCUGCAGACAGAUUCAACAGCGUUGACAAACGGAUACCGGGAUGGAAGAUUGUCUAUUCGGGGGAUACCCGGCCAUGCCCUGAGCUCGUGGAAGCAUCUCGUGGCGCCACAGUUCUCAUACACGAGGCGACAUUUGAAGAUGGGUUGAUGGAGGAAGCCGUAGCGAGGAACCACAGCACGACGAAGGAAGCCAUCGAAGUGGGGGACUCCGCUGGAGCGUAUCGGUUAAUCCUGACGCACUUCAGCCAGAGGUACCCGAAGAUCCCGGUGUUCGAUGAUGCUCAUAUGCACAAGACGUGCAUUGCUUUUGACUUGAUGAGUGUUAACUUGGCUGAUCUCCCUGUCCUUCCCAAUGUCCUUCCUUACCUGAAGUCGUUGUUCAAAGAUGAGAUGGCUGUUGAUGAACUGGACGAAGAGGGUCCAGACCAAGCUGCUGUAACGAGCGUUGUUGCUUGACAAUGUUAAUGAAGAUUGUUCCGUCUUUCAUUGGUUAGAUGCCACAUAAAAGGCGUUAAGUUGAUUUGAUUUUGACUCAUUUACUCUUUAACAAAUGAGUUCAAAAUAUGAUAUUAUGUUUAAUAUAAGGGACCAAUUUGAUUUACCUAAAUUGCAAGAUUGAUCACUG